AUGACGUCGUUCCUGUCGGCGCUGCGCGCCGAGUUCCCGGCCCCUUUCGCUUCAGGAAGCUUUGCCAGGCAAAAUGCAACGCUUGGAGAGUCUCCGCAGCUCGUGGCGCCGUCUGUAGGAAAAGUUACUGCGGGUCAAAGUUCGACGUUCCGCGACCCUUUCCUAUCCUCCGAGAAGUUGUGGGAAGUGUCGCCCCCCACGCACCGCCGCGACCUGCUGAGGGUACUGCAAGUGGACCACGAUGCGCUGCGUGCUGCCAAUGACCGGAAAGCCGCAGCGGGCGCUGUAAGCGCCGUGGUGACCUCCAGGCGGCACAAGACCCAGGAGCAGAAGCACAAGCCCAAGGAGCCCAAGAAGGACGUCGCGGAGCUGCUGCUGGCGGCCUGUGGCACGCACACGUCGGCCAACAGUGAUAUUUGCUUCCUAACGACGUUGGAGCUGGCCGAGUCGGUGCUGCAGACCGUGCAGGACAGUCGGGGAGACGCAGACACCGUGCAGGCCCAGCUCUUCGGUCUCGUGGGCGUGGAGGGCAUGGACCUCAUUGCAUUCGCAGUGCAGAACCAGAAGGAGCUCAGUAACUCGAGCGAGGAAAGGAGACUGCAGUCGUCGUCGCUGGUGCAGCGGGAGUUUGGCGAGCUUCAGGGAGGAUACGAUUCUACUGCGGCGGCUGGCCAGCUCAUGUCGGCAGGGGCUCUUACGCUGCCCGCGAACACCAAGAGAACGCACUACAAGGGCUACGAGCACGUGUUCAUCCCCGCCCACGCCAAAAGGGCGCUGGGCAAGGAGGAAAAGCUCGUGGCAAUCUCGAGCUUGGAAGAUUUCGCGCAGACCGCGUUCCAUGGCAUCACCAAGCUCAACCGUCUGCAGUCGAAGCUCUUUGAAGCUGCGUACAACUCAAACCAGAAUCUGCUGGUGUGCGCCCCGACUGGCGCUGGUAAGACCAACGUGGCUAUGCUUACGAUCCUGCAGGAGGUCAAGUCGCAGCUGAAUCGGCAUCAGGGUGAGCCUGCCAGCAAAGGCCUCGCCAACAUGAAAAUUAUCUACGUGGCUCCGAUGAAGGCUCUGGCGCAAGAGGUGGUCACGAAGUUUGGGCAGAGACUGCAGGCGCUGAAGCUGAAGGUGCGCGAGCUGACGGGUGAUAUGCAGCUGACGAAGAAGGAGAUCGAGGAGACUCACGUGAUCGUGACAACGCCCGAGAAAUGGGACGUCAUUACGCGUAAGUCCGGCACGCAGCAGUCGCUUCUGAGCCAAGUGAAGCUGCUUAUUAUCGAUGAGGUUCACCUGCUGGCAGACGAGCGUGGCCCCGUUAUCGAGACGAUCGUGGCGCGUACGCUGCGUCGUGUGGAGAGCACGCAGAGCAUGAUCCGUAUCGUUGGUCUGUCAGCGACGCUGCCCAACUACGUCGACGUCGCGUCCUUCCUGCGUGUGUACGUUCCUAGUGGAGACGCGCGCAUGCAAAACGCAGCUACGAAUGGCGGUAAGGGCGGAUUGUUCUUCUUCGACUCGACGUACCGACCUGUGCCCCUCGAUCAAACGUUCAUUGGAGUGAGCACGAACGCAAACUUGAAGGAGGCGCUUGGCUUAAGUGCCGCUGCGCUCUCUACGGUCACAAUGAGUGAGGAGGAUCUUCAGAAGGAGAAGAAAGCAGCGGGCGCUACCAUGAGUAAACAACGCCAGAUUCAGCUGAUGAUGAACAAACUCACUCUGGCGCACUGUCUGAAGCAGGUCCAGCACAACGAGCAAGUGAUGGUGUUCGUUCACUCGCGGAAAGAGACGGCAGCUACCAUGCACAGCAUCGUGGAGCUCGCGCGUGGCAACGAGGAGGAACCGGGCACGCUGGAGGCGUUUUUGCCGCCGCCAGACCUGCAGAUGCCCAUCAACCUACAAGAGCGUGUUCAGAAGAGCCGCAACAAGGAAUUGAAGGAGCUGUUGGGGUACGGCAUGGGUAUCCACCACGCCGGUAUGCUGCGCAGUGACCGAAAUCUGACGGAGCAGCUCUUUGAGAUGGGCUACAUCCGCGUGCUCUGCUGUACUGCAACGCUGGCCUGGGGUGUGAACUUGCCUGCGCACUCUGUUAUCAUCAAGGGUACUCAAGUGUACAACGCCGACAAGGGUGGCAUGACUCAGUUGAGCAUGCUCGACGUAAUGCAGAUCUUUGGUCGUGCCGGUCGUCCGCAGUACGACACAAGCGGUGAUGCUGUACUCGUGACGACUCAAGACCAACUCCCGCACUACUUGCGGCUGCUUACGACGGGCAUCCCAAUGGAGUCGGCGCUGAUCAAGGCGUUGCCUGACCACUUGAAUGCCGAGAUUGUGUCCGGCACCGUGACCAACCUGGAGGAAGCGUGCACGUGGCUCAGCUACACGUACUUGUACGUGCGCAUGCGGAAAAACCCGCUAGCCUACGGCAUGAAGCUGGACGAUGUGAACGAGGACCCGAUGCUGAUCGCUCGACGUAGACAGCUGCUGAUGGAUGCUGCUGAGAAGCUGGCAGCGUGUCGGAUGAUCAAGAUUUUGCGUGAGAAGGUUCAGUUGGGGUCCGAUCAAGAAGGCAAGAUCGCGUUCGCCGUCACGUCGAUGGGGCGUGUGGCGAGCCAUUUCUACAUCCAGCACACUUCGAUUGAGACUUUCAACGAUCUGCUGGAUAGUAAGGCAGGUCAGAAGGAAGGCGACGAAGAUGACCUCGACUGGGAGAAGGUACUGUUGGUGCUCUGCAGCAGCAAUGAGUUUGAGCAGCUCAAGUCCCGUGAAGAGGAAAUGCCCGAGCUGGAGAAACUCAAGCGAAGGUUCUGCCGCUACGACAUCCUUGGCGGCGGUAUGGACACCUACACGGGUAAGACGAACAUCCUUCUGCAAAGUUUGAUCGGCCGCGCCCGCGUGUCCACGUUCACGCUCAUUUCCGACACAAAUUACGUCGCCCAGAACGGCUCUCGUGUCUGCCGCGCGCUGUUUGAGAUCUGCUUGAAGAAGAAUAGCGCGCGCAAGGCCGAGAAGUUCCUGCAGCUUGCUAAGUGUAUCGAUCAAAAGAUGUGGUGGGACCAGAACGCCAUGCUGCAGCUUCCGAAUAUCCCUCUUGACAUCAUUGGAGAGGUCGAUCGUCGCCAGAACAUGAUCCUGUACGACGCAGUUGCGGACCCCGACGCCUUUAAUCUGAGUGCCAAGGUGAAAAAGUGGGUCCAGAGCGUACCGUUCAUCGACAUCGACAACGUGCAGACGCAACCGUUCGGAGGCAACAUGAUCAAGCUGACGUUUGAUCUCUACCCGCUGUUUCCCGAGUGGAAAGAAGGCGUCUUCCAGGGUAAGACGCUCGCGUCGUGGCUAUGGGUCGAGGAUGGCAUCACGGGCUACAUCUACCACUCGGAGUACUUCGUUCUCCACCAGAGCAGGUUUAUGGGGUGGAAGGCAAGAACGCAGACGCUCGAGGUGGAGUGCUAUCUCCCGGUGUUUGUUUCACAGACGCAAAAGGAUGCCAACUACGUGAUCCGUAUUCUGUCUGAUCGUUUCGUUGGAAUCGAGUCCUUCUACGAGGUGAGCUACACGCCGAGUGAAAGCUCUGCGGCUGAAGCCAAGAAGCAGAAGGACGAGAUGUACACGAAGCUGCUUCGACUUCACCCGCAGCCUCUGCAGUCUCUGGACGAUCCAGUUUACCAGGCGCUGUACGUGGGCAAGUUCCAGUACUUCAACCCGAUCCAGACCCAAGCGUUCCAUCAGCUUUACCACCAGAAUGGGAACGUGCUGCUUUGCGCGCCGACGGGCAGUGGAAAGACUGUGUGCGCCGAGCUGGCGAUGCUGCGGGUGUGGAAGCAGCAGAAGCUAAGCGAAGACGGUCAGGCUGAGGCUGACGGAACUUCCGGCACGACUGCAGUGCAGCCACGUCGCGGUCGACGCACCUCCCAGUCGCUGAUUGUGUACAUCGCACCAAUGAAGGCUCUCGCUCGCGAGAAAGUGGUGGAGUGGAAGGCGCGGUUUGAGAACAACGCGCACCUGCGCAAGAAGGUGGUCGAAGUGACGGGUGAUACGCUCGUAAAUGUCGAGUUCAUCCUGAACAAGGCUGACAUCGUGGUCACGACUCCAGAGAAGUGGGAUUUAUUGACGCGAAGCAGCUCGGUUGGUCGCGCUCUGAUGUCUCAAAUGGCGCUUGUGAUCGUGGACGAGGUUCACUUGGUUGGGGAGGCGCCGCGCGGUGCCGUGCUGGAAGUCCUAAUCAGCCGGUUGAGACGAUUCAAGCGCUCAGGCCCACCCAUCCGCGUAAUUGGUCUGUCGACAGCUCUUGCAAACGCUGGUGAUGUGGGCCAGUGGUUGGGUGGAAUCACUUCGAGCCACGCCAACAACCCCGACGGAGGCCAAGUAUACAACUUCCGCGCGUCCGUGCGCCCUGUGCCUAUGGACGUGCACAUUCAGGGCUUCCCGGAGCGGCAUUACGUGGCUCGCAUGGCUGCUAUGAACAAGCCCACGUUCAUGGCUAUCAAGUCGCACUCGCCAGACAAACCGGUGCUCAUUUUCGUGUCGUCCAAGGCUCAGACAAAGCUCACAGCGCUGGACCUGAUCCAGUUCUGUGUUGCGUCCGACGAGAGCGGGGAUGGAAGUAAGUGCUUCCUGAAGAUGGAUGAAGCCGUCAUGGACUCGAUCUGUCAGUCGAAUCAGAUCGUGGACGAAACGCUGAAACACACGCUUUCGUUCGGUAUUGGUCUUCACCACGCUGGACUGGCGCGGAGAGACCGCGAGCUGGUGGAGAAGCUGUACAAGGAUCGUCUUAUCCAGGUUGUCAUCUCAACUUCGACGCUGGCGUGGGGCGUGAAUCUUCCUGCCCAUCUUGUGGUGAUCAAGGGCACCGAGUACUUCCAAAACGGGCGGUACCGCUCGUACCCGUUGAGCGACUUGUUGCAGAUGAUUGGGCGUGCUGGUCGCCCGCUGCUGGAUGACAAGGGCGUUGCGUGUGUUCUCGUCGAAGAGAGCAAGAAGAACAUGACGCAGCGCUUCCUGUACGAGCCUCUAGCAGUUGAGUCGUGCCUUGGUGGGAACGCCGCACCGCACAUUUUGGCCAACCACUUGAACGCUGAGAUUGCAGCCGGGCUCAUUCACUCUACUAAGGACGUCAUGGACUACCUGAGUUGGAGCUUGCUCUUCCAGCGAGUGCUCAAGAACCCAAGCUUCUAUGGAGUCGGCACUGACAGUGUGUUAGCAGACUCCCCUCAUGAAAAGCCCGGGAAGCAGAGCAAGCAGGGGAAGCAGCAGAAGAAGCCCAGUAAACAAGACGAGCUAGAGACGUUCUUCCAGCAGCUGAUCUCCACGACAACGCACCAGCUAGAGACCAGCCAAUGCAUCACCACGUCUCAAGCGGGCGGCGUGCCGUCCUUCGAGCCGACGUUUGCUGGAAAGCUGGCUGCAUCGCUCUACGUGGAUGUACGCACGGUAUCCAACAUGCUUUCAGCGCUUGAGGUCGUAGCUAACGGGAAGAAGGAAGCGGAUGCUCAGGCCUACACGCUGCAGCUGCUUUGUGUGAUCUGCGAGUCGAGUAUGGAGCUCCGGGACAUCCCGCUGCGCCACAACGAGGUCAUGAGCAACCUCGUUACGGAUCUGUGCGCAAAGGUGAAGUACUCACCAAUCAAACACUUGUUCGCCAGCUCGCCCAAGCGCCAGAAGGCACUGCUGGAGACCCACGGCAGCGAGGUGAAGGCACUGCUUGUGCUGCAAAUGCACUUGAUGGGCAUCCGUCUGCCGUCGAGCGACUUUGUGAACGAUCUGCGGACGCUGCUCGACCACUUGCCGCGUCUGCUGAGCGCUGCGAUCGAUCUGUGUGCGUACCUGAAGCUAACGGAUCUGGUUUUCGCUGGUAUCCGUCUGUCCCAAGCUGUUGUCCAGGGUCGGUGGCCUGAUGACGAUGACGAUGUGCUGGCUCAGUUGCCGCAUGCAUCGCAAUCGGUUUUGAAAUUGUUGCGUGGCCAGUUUAAGGUGGAGAGUAUUGCUGAUUUACAAGCAGCUUUGGGGGUGAAGAGCAAGAAGACGCAGAUCAUCGAGCGUCUGCAGAGCCAGCAGACACAGCAGCAGCGUGGUCGUCCCAGCGGUCUGACAAAGCACAAGAUCAACGAAAUGAUUCGAGUGGCCGAAGGAAUCCCGCAGCUCCGAGUGAAUGUUCAGGUGAAGAGGAAACAAGAGCAGCAAGUGGUCGAGGUGGAGUUGACUGGGUUGAACAACGAAGGCGGAAGGAACUUGGCCUUCACUUCGCGUCUCCAGAAGCCGAAGAUCUACGGCUUCUACGUGAUCUUGACGUCCAAGAAGGAGGGCGCUGGAGAGGAGCUCGUCCAUCUGAAACACGUUGCGUGGAAGCACAAGGUUCACGUGUCGCUUUCGUUGCCAACAGAGGGGGCUAGUUACGAAGUGCACGUGCUCUCCGACGCAAUUGCUGGCAUCGACAGCUCACACGCUGUUCAGGCGUGA